AUGACGUGCGAAACUUGUCUCUCUCUUGACUCGAAAAUCUACAACAACUUAUCCGAGGAUAUCGACCUCGGCACAAUCGACGAGCUCCGGAAAAAAUCUAGAACAUGCUCCUCCUGUCUAGGAAUAGCAAAACGAGCCGCACCGCCAAGUGGAGGGUCUUUAGCCGCUCAAGUCGUGCUCUCAAGACAGUCUAAUACCGGUGAACCACUCCUUCUGGCAUCGGAGCAAAACCGAAGCAUCCGUGGUCUUGGCUAUUUCCUCCGGAAAGACGACAAGGAAGACAGGGCCGAGCUAUUGGAUAGGAAGUGGAUCGAUCUAUCACGGAUACAGCAGUGGCUAGCUUUCUGCGAUACGCUGCACGAGGGACACUGCCACCACUUUCCUCCGGAUAACACGAUCGAAAGCCUCGAGAAACUGCGUCUCUUAGACGUGGAAAAAGGUUGUCUAGUCACCUGUCCGGGAAACGUCAAGUACUUUGCACUGUCGUACGUCUGGGGCCGAUCCGCAGACGCCGUCGAGGCGCGGAAAGAAAACCUGGAGGCCCUUAAGCAGGCAGGAACCCUCUCGCCAGACACUGACGCAAACUACCAUAUCCUGAACAUGGACUCGGUGUACGCGAACUCCUACUGCACCAUCGUGGCCGCGGAUGGAAAACACGCCGACCACGGACUUCCCGGAGUGGGCGCAGGAUCUGCGCCCCGCUGGUGUUUGCAAAGUGUUAUCCGUUUCCCACAGUCUACGCUGGUGUCGAAAACGGAGGAGUUUAGCCAGGGCACACCACAUGGGAGGAGAGGAUGGACAUUUCAAGAGAUAUACCUGGCUCGACGGUGUCUAUUAUUCUCUAGGGAUAGUGUGUUCUGGAAAUGCCAAAGGAGUUCCUGGAGAGAGGAUACCCGCAGUAACCCUGAAGACACCAAUACCGAGGAGAACCAGCGGGACAAAUGGUCGCUGAGGUUUGAUGCUUGGCCCAACCUUCGGCAUUGGACAGACCUUGUCGAUGCAUACAACUACAGGGACCUGACGUAUCCGGAGGAUGCGCAAUCCGCGUUUACAGGAAUAGAGAACGUUCUUCAACGAUCGGUUCCUGGAGGGUUUCUCUACGGCCUGCCUGAGUUUUUCUUCGAUUACGCUCUAUUGUGGCAGCCGCGUUUCUCUAUGGAAAGAAGAGCCCGGGAGAAUGGAUGUGCUCUUCCUAGUUGGUCCUGGCUGGGAUGGAAAGGUCGGGUGGAUAUGGAUUUCUGCAUUCCUGACGACUUUGUCCGGCAACGACCGCCUUGGGGAACGUUAUGCAAGCUGGAGCCGGUAGCUGAGUGGACCCAUCUUGGGCCAUUACCCGACCUCCACAGAAUAAUCCGCAAUGACUACAGCGUAUGGCGAGCCAAGGCGGGGACUUCCACGGUUCCAACGGAUAAAUGGAUAGAAUCCAAAGACGGACAGAAAACCUUCUACACCACCUCGCAAGUUCCCGCCCUCGAAUUCGCAUAUCCCUGGCCAUCAGUGGCGGAAAUGCCACCAGUGCAAGAGCUGCGCACAUGGCCAGCUCGUCUUCGCCUCCGCUCUACCCGCGCUUUCUUCAUGAUCAGCGAAGUCAUCCCCAACCUUGGAAAAAACCCCGACCUAGCGACGACUGUCAAACUAGCCGACAAAAGCCAAGGGAAAUGGGCAGGCCUGCUGCACCUGAACAUACGGCUGGGCGACGCGCACAUCGCUCCAGUGGGGCAGGAGUGCGAGCUUAUUGCCCUCUCGAGCGGGCGCGUUUUGAGCUGGGAAGACGGCCGUGAUUAUAGGUUCGAGGAACUUAAUUGGCCGGAGACGGGGCGCGAUAAGUGCCGGUAUGCAUUUUAUAACGUUCUGUGCGUUAGGUGGGAGGGUGGGCAUGUGCUCCGCGAGGCGCUGGGGAGGGUCGAGAUGGCUGUGUGGCAUGAGCAGGCCCUGGAGGAGGUGGACGUCGAACUUUGGUAGUGGGGGCGUAGCGCGCUGGGAAGAGUUGGUCGAGAUACUGUGCGCUCGGUGGCGCCGUAGCGUGCGAGACUAGCGUCGGGUCGGUGGAUGCUGCCGGGGAUCGUUGCCGGUGCUUGCCUGGCUUUUGGGCGGGAGCUAGCCUGCUUGCGUAAUUGCUGGUUGGUGGGGUCGGGAUGCGUUCGCUUGAGCUCUUUUUGAGGAAGAGGAAGGGUUGGGCACGGUUCUACUAUGGCUCUGUUGACGGGAAGUGUCGAUAUUAAAUGCUUUGCCUUCGUUGGCUUUGCGAACUUUUGCUUGCUUGGGUGUAUGCUUCUUGUGGCUUGCUG